AGUGAUACCUGAGAAACUCUUUCAAAAUGUCUCUUUAGGCAAGACAACGGACAGCACCAUCACUCUUGAUAUACCGAAGAUGCCCACGUCAUUAAAAUCUGGUUCUAUUAGCAAAGUUCGUAUUGCUGUCGAGAAACAGGAACAACGUCGCAGGAGGUCGACACCAUUGGAGAAAGAAGAGCGUGGCCAUCUAACUGAUCAUGAAACAGCCAAGGAGAAGGGCUACACUAGUUAUAUAGCAGCUGAACUUGACGCCAACUUCUCUGGUCCAUUCGUUAUCGGAGAUGGCAAGACGUAUGGCGGUUAUAAGAACCCUCCACUGACGAAGGGGCAGAAGUAUGAUGUCAUCUUCGGAAUAGUGUUAACAGUGGGCGGGGUAACAACAGUCGCCUACAGAAGCUUUGGGAUACUCAUCACGGUCAUGGGUAAGACCUCGGUUAAUGUUCCAGGCCUAGCAGCUGGACUGGCUGUUUUUAUGGUAGUCAUCAUCAUCAUCAUUCCUGUGGUCAUUAUUAUGAGGAAGAAGCGUAGACGACAGGGAGGAGAAACCGAAUCGUUCGGCACUGAGCUCCACGACAGAAGCACUAUGCCGGAAUUCGAACAUGCCGAACACGAAUUGACGAAAUAUGAAUCAACUGUGCCCAUCGUCCCCAUCAAAGCUGGAAAGGAGUUUUCAAAUCUCCAAGACCGAAUCGUAAAUCUUUCUCACCUCACUCCUUAUGUCAAGAGCUUAAGAGGCGAGAGGGAAAAUGAAUUUAAGGACGAAUUUGAAGAGUUGCCCGUUGGCGUCGUCAAGUCUACCAAAGAAGCAAAGAAACCAGAAAACUCGGCGCUUAACCGCUACAAAAACAUAGCAACCUACGACCACAGUCGUGUUAUCCUUCAGCCCAUCGGCGAAGAGAAAUCAGACUACAUUAAUGCAAGCUACAUCCAUGGUUAUGAUAAAGAGAAAGCCUACAUUGCUUCUCAAGGUCCGCUUCCUAAUUCCGUUGCUGCUACAUGGAGAAUGAUAUGGCAGAAACGUUGUGCCACCAUCAUCAUGCUCACCAAGCUAGAGGAAAUGGGAAAGAAAAAGUGCGAACAAUACUGGCCGAGCCAGGGAAAAAAGACCUAUGGGCCAUUCACCAUACAGCUGGCGGAAGAAUACAAGUUUACCGACUACGAGAAGCGAAUCCUGAAGGUCACCUUGAAGGGUGAGGUGCGCACUGUGAAGUUCUUCCACUUCACCGCCUGGCCUGACCACAAUGUCCCCAAGUUCGCUUGCUCCUUGCUAGAAUUCAGAGAAAACGUCCUAAAGGAGAUAGAGUAUGGAAAGGCACCCAUAAUGGUACACUGCAGUGCUGGAGUGGGCAGGACGGGGACCUUCAUCGCUAUCGACUAUCUCAUCCGUCAAGGAAAGGCUGAGAAGAAGGUCAACUUCUAUGAGUGUGUUCGCAAAAUGAGAGAACAGAGACCGAACAUGGUACAGAACCUGGGGCAGUACACACAUAUACACGACGCCAUUUUGGAGUUUUUCAAGAUAGGGAUAACGAACAUCCAGAGUGCCAACUUCCCUGAGAAGUACAGUGACAUGAUCAAAAUGAUACCGGGGAGGCAGACCUGUCAAUUACAGAACCAAUAUUCCAUUCUGGGGGCAUUCACUGAUGCGAUCAUCCCAUCAGAGCGGGCCCUAGCAAACAUGGGUAAGAACAGAAACAAGGACAUUAUCCCAGAUGUCCUCUCUCGUGUUGUCUUGACUUCACUAACAGAUGGAUGGGACGAUUAUGUUAAUGCAGUUUAUGCCACGGGUUACGGUCAGAAGGACACCUACAUCAUCACCCAGAUGCCCCUGCCGGAGACAAUGAAGGACAUCUGGCGGAUCGUGCAUGAUACGGGAAUCUCCACUAUUGUCAUGAUGAACGUGGUCGAUGACACCGAUGAGUUUUCCACUGCAGUCUAUUGGCCACAAAAGACUGAGCGUAUGGUGUUUGGCCCACUGGUGGUAGAGGGCCUGGACGUUGACAAUUCCAACAGUGACAUCACUGUCAGGAGCCUGAGGCUUUCAAAGAUGGUGAGAAAAGGGGGUAAACACGUAUCGGAUCGAAUGGUCCGCCAUUUCCAAUUACAAACCUGGCCCAAUGGUCAGCCGACUCCAUCCUCCCCGGAGUCGAUUGUGGAGCUGUUACAAAUGGUGGAAAAGUGGCAACAAAAGGUCGAGAACAAGAAGAUACUUGUGCAGUGCAGAGACGGUGCUUCCCAGAGUGGUGUCUUCUGCCUGGCGCAUUCCGUCAUUGAGAAGGUCAAGGUCGACCAUGAGGUGGAUGUUUUCCAGUAUCUCCGUCUGCUCAGGACAAGCAGAUCACAACUCGUCAAUACCUAUGAGCAAUACAAGUUCAUUCAUGAAGUUGUUCUGAAGUAUCUACAGGGAUUCGAUAUCUACGCUAACUUCCAGUAACAGUUUAGUCACCUCCCAGGAAACGACGACCGGAUCUAAAACGAAUUGUUAGUUGCUCGUUGAAAUUAGACGGUGGAAACCAGCCUGAAGUUGCCUUCUUAUUUCUUAUUCUCGAUUCUUUAAGAAAACUACAUCUAUAAGUAUGUUUCAAUAAUCAAGACCUCACAAGUCGGACGCUCUUCUACUGUGCUUGAAGAAAUCCUUCUAGAACCUAUGGGCAAGGCUGACUUUGAUUCCUGGAUGUAAUUUUGCAUAUUUUCAACUUAAUACAUCACGAAACAAGCAAAAUAUAUACCACAUAUCGGCGGCGGUCGAACGUGACCAUCCCAAACAAGACUGAUGUUCCGAUGUUAUAGCCCUUUAACUACAGUGGAACCCCAGUAAAACGACGACUCAUGGGACCGAGGUUGAAUGGUCGCGUUACCGGGGUGGUCGCGUUAGGGAAGUUGAAAAUCCGGGGACAAAUGCAUGAUUAGGAUUUCCCGCAAAAAAUUGUCUAACUUAUUCCGAAAAUUUUUUCAUCCUUCUGAUUCAAAAAAAUUUUCAAAGCCAAAUGUUUUUGGGGGCUGAUGAUGUUUCUUCAUUUUGUGCUGAAAAAGAACAAGUCAAAGAAAUAUUUGGACUUGAACAUUUUUUUCAUCUGUAGCAUGACAAAUUUGCCACAAUCAAUUUCUUAACCGAAAUCAUGGCAGCAUUCGUCUUUUCAGUUCUCAUCAUUCCGCAUUUAGAACGCUCCAAUGUGUUCGUUGAUAAACGCUGUCUGACUUAAUGCAAAUCACAUGAUUUUUUGCUGUCGGUACCCAGCAUGUCUAACACCGACAGGGCUGUCCGUGAUGUUAUGAUAAUCAAGAGAGAGCUUUGCGCCGAGGUGUUAAUUGGAGACGCGGUCGCGACCGAUUACGGCAAUUAGGCCCUUUGGUCGGGUUAGAGGGGUGAUUGUGGUCUUUGGGACCGCCCAAUCCAGUAGUCGUGGUCUGGGUACAGGGAUGGUCGUGUUACCGGGGGCCUUGUUGUGGUAAUUAGAGAGGAAACCAUUUGGGACCGGCGAAUAUUGAUCGUCAUAGCGUUGUGGUCGCGUUAUCGGGGUGGUCGCCGACCGGGGUUCCACUGUACAUGUAACCAAGACUUAACAAGGAGGCAGUAGCGACCUCAAAAUCUUAAUGAAUGAGAUGGAUUGUAUUACUCAGAGUUUAAUCAUGACGUAGACUAUAUAUUGGAUGAGAGUUUUAAACGUUUUCAACCCUGCAGUUAUAGAUUUCGAAAGCAUAGUUGCAGGUCAACUAAGGAUGACAUAUUGAGACGAUCAACAUGUGAUGGAAUAGCCAAAGAUAUCCCAUCAAUUAGGGCUACAUUCAGUAGGCCUUUUGUAAGUGAUGAAUGGUCAUAUGUGGCCCGAAAACCUUGCAACUGUGCCUUGUUUUUGGAAUCACGGCCCUGUGAUAUUCUUGUCGGUUAAAACAGGGGGAUUUUUUAUACGUAUUUAUAUAUUUACACUUAUAUUAAUUUAUUCAAGGUUGGGCGAUAAUAUGAUAUCCAUGCGAGUGUAUACAUGACUAUAUAUUGCACUUAAAAUACUGUAGUCUCGCGCCUGUUCGUAUAACCGCAAUUUUUUAAAUUUUCAACAAGCCCUAAAAAUUUGGAAAAUUCAGAAAAAGAUCGAGUGACCAUAAAAUGUAUCAUAAGUUAAUCAUGCAUAAUUAUCACUAGUCUUCAAAAUGAAACGUUAUACGAACAUUCGCGUCUCACAUUGUACAGCUUCGACUUAUAAUUGCUCACUAAUCAUGAGGUGAUGUUAUGACGGAGAGGAAAGUCAUUGGCGGACUUGGACGGGAAGGCCAUGCGGGAAAGUGAGGGCAGUGAGAAGUCGGUGGGGCCCGCAUCGCUCUCAAGCCCGCGCGUGGAUAGUGCAAAGGGAUGAGUCAGGUUUAGUGUGGAACUGGCCAAUUCCCGCAAAGAUAUAUAUAAAUAAAGAACAGUGACACACAGUGUUCAUGCUAAUCAUAUUGUAUCGCUCUUGCCAACAUUUUGAAGUCUACAUAUAAACAUCGAGGAAUUAUAGCAGCGAGCAUAGCUACGGGCGUGUCAGACGUUUUCCAUGCAGCAUCAGUCAUUAUCCGAACUGAAAAAGAAUUAAAACAAUCGGUAUCUGUUGGCUUCCUCUCCAAUGUAACUUAAGGCAGCCCGCCCCCCCCCCCCCCCCACAUUUACAUCAUAAUCACCGGCCUCGUUAAGACCACCAGGGAUAUUCAAUAUACAUACUCCGCCUCUUAAUAAUAUUUCAAAUAAAUGACAUGUACUGUACUGUUCUUUGAGAGGACAACGAUGAAUUAUUUGAGCAGAAGACGUUUUCA